GCCACCUGAGGGCAGAGGUGAAGAGCCCCAGUUCCUUCCUGCCGGUCACCGUGGAUGACGAGACGAAGGGACGGAGUGUGGUCAAAUUUAUCCCACAGGAGGAGGGUGUCCACGACAUCCACCUGUACUGGUCAGACCACCCUCUGGUCAACUCUCCCUACCCGGGCUAUGCCACCAGCGGUGUGGCUGACCCCAGCAAGGUGUGGCUGACAGGUCGUGGCCUGAAGGAAGCGGUGGUCAGGGAGGAGGCAGAGUUCUAUAUCGAUGCCAGUCAGGCCGGACCAGGCGAACCUACUGUGGAACUGACUGGCGUCCGCGAGGAGAUCAAGGUGUUCUCUUCACCGCUGGGCGGGGGCAAGUUCCGCUGUACCUACAUCCCUCAGAUCCCUGGGGCCUACCUGCUCAACAUUUCUUGGAAUGGACGACAGCUGCGUGGUGCCCCAUACAAAGUGAACGUGAUUGGAGCAUCCUACCCAAAUCGUGUUGUGGUCAGUGGAGAGGGGCUGCGCGGGGGGCUCUACGGACAGAACCUCGACUUCCGCAUCGACACAAGAAAGGCAGGGGCAGGUGACUUGACCGCCUACUGCGAGGGUCCCACCAAAGUAGCCCACUGUGAGCUGAGUGACCACCAUGACGGUACCUACAGGCUGGUGGUCCGGCCGCAGGAGACAGGGAGACAUGUGCUCAAGAUCCAGUAUGGAGGAGAACACGUGCAGGGGAGUCCGUUCCCCUUUAAAGUGUCUGCGCAGCCUGACGCCUCCAAGGUGCGAGUCCAUGGGCCUGGUGUGGAGCAUGGCAUCCUGGCUCACUUCCAGAGUCAGUUUGUUGUGGAAACACGUGGUGCAGGGGCUGGACAGCUCACCGUACGCAUCAGAGGACCCAAAGGAGCGUUCCAGGUGGAAAUGUACAGAGAGAGUCAGAAAGAUCGUACCAUCCUGUGCCGGUACUAUCCCACCGUGACUGGCCUGUACAUCAUUCACGUCAGAUGGUCGAACGUGGACGUGCCGGGCUCCCCAUUCCAAGUGCACAUCCUGGACACCCAGCAGGAGCUGGAGCAGAUGUUGCACGAACAGAGCAUGAACGGAGGUCAUGUGCCGCACGGCCCACACGGCCCACACAACAGCAGCCUGGCCAGCCAACACCGCCACUCCCAGUACUCCAGCAACGGCAGCAGCCACCUCCUACACAACAGCCACCACAGCCACAACGUCAGCCGCAACAGCGGCUACGGUGGGUGGAGGGAGGAGUUCUGAAACCCCCGCCCCCCUUGACACAGUCAGUCACGCUUCUACUGAAGUCUUAGUGAGAUUUGUCAGAGCAUUGGUUUUUCCACCCGCAUUUUUGUGUAAAAAGUUAAAGCUAUAUAAAGUUGGCGUCCUGUGCCAAAGUUACUUCUGGAAAAAACAAAAAACUUUUGCAAUGGUAUUUGCAUGGUCAGCUCCAACUAAAAGAUCUCACGGGCAACAUACAUUCUCUUUGGUGCCUUCUGACCUGUUCUUGAGACCCACAUAGAAAGAAAUUUACAGGGUUUUUUUCAUCUUUUUGUUGCUCUUUCAAGAAAAAUUAAAAACCUUUGCGAGUAAGAGAAACUUUAAGUUUUUAUUUGUACAAUUACUUCUAAGAGUUCUAUAACUGCGUGGGCCCCUCCAAAUUUCAGGAGCGUAAAACAGCUUUUACCAGGGAACUCGUCCCUCAUUAUUUAUUGACAGUUUUUGUGUGAAUAUCUUGCAUCUGAUAGAAACCACUUGGGAGACAUCUGUGCAUAUUGAGAGAAAAUGUAAGUCAUCGUAACAGAUAUCUAUGAAAAUAGUGUGUCCUAAUAGAUACAUAACAAUAGCAAGCAUGGGCCAAUGACAAAUGUUUCAUAAAACACAUAAUUUCUUUCAAUGUUCAGAAGACAAACAAAAAACAAAAAUCAUGUAAGAUGAAGAUUGACACAAAAGCUAUAACAAAUACCAAAAUUAUGUGGACAAAGUAGAACUUGGGCACAGUUUGUUCAGGGAUAAACUUUGCACAGAGAUCGUUCUUGGCACAACUAGAAAACAAUCUUAUUGAAGUAAGAUUUUGCAAAUUUAUUUUUGUUUGAUACGGUUCAGGACUCGUAUAUAUUUACUGUUGUUCUGUCUCAUGUAUGUGGUUUGUACUAUUUUUGCAAUAAAUGGAGAGCUGUUCUAUUGGCACGUUCGUAUAUGCCUGUGAAAGUUGUUUUGGUUCGCCUGUUCAUUUUAGUUAUUGACAUAUGCUCCAAGACUGCUGCUGUUAUACCAUGCUGAAUACAUUAUUAUACAUAUAAUGCAUUUGCAAGCAAAGAACACAUCGAAGGACCGCCUGUCCUGUUUUUUCUAAAUGUUUAGCUAACUGGUCACUGAGAGUGUUUAUUUAUUGCUACUUUUGUUUCCAUUAGUUAUGUGCCGAGUUUGAAGGAUAUUUGAAGUUCAGUAUUUUUGUACGGUAUGAGUGUGCGGCUUCAUUUUUGUUGUUGUUGCUUUUCUUUUUUUGUUGUUCACCUUUUCUCAAGACAAAAGUAGCAUUGGAUGUAUGUGUGUCUGAAAAAGUCUUUCCAUAGGUGUUACACCGAAUGUAAGUUGUCAUUUUUUUUCUUAUGCUCCUCCGAAGAUACUUAUUGUUCUGGAAGGGGGGGGACUGAAAUGUUCUUAUGUUUGUUAUAUUCACAAAUGUGUGUAGUUAACAGAAGUGGUAGGUCAGUUUUGAAUAAGGACUUGAAAUUCAAAUCGUCAAAAGUGUACUUUGUCAAAGAUGCUUUCAACUGCCUUAAUAAACUACAUUGAUCUUUGACUUUGUUUCUUGUUAUUUUUCCAUGAUAUUUUUUAAAGAUUUUACGAUGAUCACUUGAAAGUGAUUUCAUUAUUUUUUGCAUUUGGUGAUGGUAGUAAAAUAAAUAAAUUUCUAAACACUCAUCGAUAAACUGUUUUUCAAGUCACCCCUGUGUAUAGUGUAUGAAAGUAUUGAAAGGCUUCCAUUAUGUCACUAGUACUUUGAAAUGUAUACUACUGCUAACUCCAAUAAAAAAACGCUUCACUGAAGACAGGUUUGUCACCGUUGAAAGUAGACAAUAAUCUAAUUUAUAUUUUGUAUUGAGGCAGGUAGAUGUACAGAUAGCUGUGUGUAAUUUCAAUGUGAACUAGAGCUUAACUAGCCAAAUACAUACUCCGGUAAACAUGUCGUAUUGUCACAAUCAUCAAGCAUCAGUGGGAGAAUGUAGGUAUUUAUUCGAAUUACGCAGAGAUUGAUCAAACAAUCUUCAUACUGUCAUAGAACAAUAUAUAUAUAUUAUAAAGUGUAUCUUUUUGCAUUAUUUAAAAUGUAUACUGUCACUACAGUCAUUGUGUGUUGAGAACUAUGAAUAUAUAUGUCUCCUUCUAAUGCAAGCUACAAUUUGCAUUGUUGUCUGUAAUAUGUGAGAACCACUGGCGAAAUGGUUCAGUGAUCCUUUCUAAAGAGCCCCAGUACUUAUAACUUCAAAAAAGAUAUAAUAGUUCAGAAUUCAAACACAACUUUCUAGAUGUACUGUACAUCAAGAGAACCUCGGUAUUAAUUGUUCCCCCUUGGUCAAGAGUAGCGAUGCUGAGUGAACGUACAAGUUUGCUUUUUGUCCUUGAAUCAUUGUUGAGAAUUCCUGUUUUGGUUUAUGUUCUUAUGGGGUCAGAAGAAUGAUGACUUAACUAGCGGCAGUUUAUUCUACAUUCUUUGCCUCUGUGAUGGAUGGACAUAGGUGAGGCAGCGUGGUGGAAUCAGGCUCUCGUCCAUUUUUGAGCAUGGAGAGUUAUUGGUAUCAUCUUAAAGCUUGUUCAUUUGUCUUUAUUUGGGUGAAAAAAAUAGCCAUUUUUCUUGAAUACAAAUCGAGAUAUUUGCGAAUGAAGGGGGUGGGGGUCACCUGUUUUCAGAGGUAAUAUUAGUGAGAAAAUGGCCGCCAAAGAUUAGUUAUUUCCUUAGCUUAAAAGUGCGUGGUAACUGAAAAUUUACAUUUUUGUGUGCCUUUAAUCAACAUGUCUCACAAAAAUCCUUACAGAAAUGAGCUAUUUAAUGGGCAUGAAAGGUGUCGAGCCAAAAAAAAAAACAACUAAUAAAAAUUCAUAAACCCACGGAAAAAUGCAAGUUUCUUCACUUUGAUUAUUUUGACCAGAGCCUCAUUCCACCACGCUGCCUCACAUAUUGUUGUUGUUACAAACACUUGUGAUUCUUCUGUACAUUCCACUGUCAGUAUGGGCAGGACUCUCCACGGGACCACAUCAUUGUCCUGUGCUUCUCCUACAGCUCAAGUGUUCCCAGCGGUUUCUUUAGACCAGUAACAGGGAACCAAUGCAACACUGCAUGACCAGGUCUCUCUACACUGACCAACCUCUUUCUCUAUUUACUUUAUAUCUGACUUUGAUAUUGGAAUUUUCAGAUUUUAUCUGUACUUUUGUUUGUAAUAUAUUUUGUUAACUCUAAACAAUUUUUAGCUUCAUAAAAUAUUCGUAUUUACACAUAUAUUUAUAGCUUUUGUUUCAUGUUAUGCACAUUCAGUACUAUUAUAAGCAUACAUAAAAAUGUUUACAUAUUGAUCUGAUAACUUACCUAUAUUGGCAGUUUAUUAAUAAACUUCGCAAUACAAAUA